GGUUGUUCGGCUUGUUGUGGUUUUUUCGUUUGAUUCGUCUCUCGUCUUGUGUUUUGGUGGAAAUUCCUUCGGAUUAUCGUUAGUGGAAAACAGGUGAAAAAAAAAGAUAGAAAGAUAGAACGUUUCCUUCCUGUGUCGUUCGAGAUUUAUCUGUGUUUGCUUUUGGUUUUGAUUGUAAUGACGAAUAGUUUGGGUUAGUCAAGGUGUAAGGAAAGCACCUUUUUGUGCCUUGAAGCUGAGGAAUUUCGGGAGAAACCAGUGCAGUGCGAUAAGUGUAUCUUGAAUGGUGACUUGGUAGUGGUUUGUCAGUGCCUUAUAGUCAUAAACUCUAGGACGCCGUGCAUCGACGCAUCUUUUUUACCGAGAAAGAAAUUUUGAUAGCAAAAGUCAAAUGAAAGAUUUUCUUGGGACGCUCCUAACAGACAAUUAAUAAACCUUCGAAAACUACUAAAUUUAAAUUAUGAUUACAUAUCAAAAGCAUUGAUCAUGAAUCAUAUUUUUAAUUUUUAAAGUGACGGCGAUUUGAGAUGAUCAACCAGGCCGUCAUCGAAAAUCCAAUCGAAGGUUACAACAAACAAAACGCUCGGACUUCCUCAGCACGACAUCACCAAUAAAACAAACAAAAUGCCUUCGAUACAGCGAAAUUACUGCAAUCAAUAUGACAAACCUAAAAGACUGAUAAAUAUAGUUCUACUAGCAUUAGUAUCUGCACAAUUGCAAUGGGGAUCACUCAGGGCGCUGAUACCGGCCGUGGAAGGAUCUCCUUUUGGCAUUCAUAUGGUCCGUUCUCCAGAAUCGAUAGUGGCCCCACAGGGGGAUGAAGUCGUGUUCGAAUGCCAGUUGAACUUAGAACCAGAUUAUUUGAAAUGGCGUUUCAGGCCAUUCAAUUCCGAGCCGAAUAUCGAUAAAUAUAUUGAUAUAAACUCGAAUGACAUUUAUAACAUUACAAACGAUGACAAGAAGAGCUCUAAGCUCCGAGUCUACGUCCGCGAUGAUACCAUUGGUGAGUACCAAUGUGUGUCAUGGUUUGGUUCUGCGGCUCUCACAUCAGUAACUGCUAGACUGACUCUAGCUACCAUAAGUCUGGAGAAUGAGGAUGAAAGACCACCUGCAGAUCAAGUUAUUCGAUGGCAUGUCUCACCACAGAAUAGUGUCUUAAUUAAAUGCGGAAAUGUUACAUCUAUUCCGCCACCAAGUUGGUCGUUCUAUAAAAACAACAUCCCUGUGUCCGAUACCGUGCCACAGCUUCCAUCUGGUGCCCUUAUUCUCAAAUCCGUAUCCCCAUCGGAUUCUGGGCAAUACUCAUGUCGCGCAACAAAUGCAAUAGCCGCCAUGGAUCGGAACAUCCCCGUAAAAAUCGAACUAUCCGUAAAGAACUUGCCACGUUCAGCUCCCCAAUUUCUAGUUGAACCUCCACGAAAGAUUUCGGUGCGACCAGAACAAACAGUUGUCCUGGAAUGCGGUGGUAUAGGCAAUCCUCCACCAACAGCAGUGUGGAGCCGUCCCGAUAUGGACAUCCCACACAGUCGAGCAACGAAGCUUCCUUAUGGCUUGCAAAUUAUUAAUGUUUCAAACCAGGAUCAAGGGAAUUAUGUUUGUCGUCUGGACAACGGAAUAGCUCCAGUUUUGGUCCGAACUGUGCGCCUUGAAGUCUUGGAGCCACCAGUGAUAGUGAAAGGACCUGCUUCAACAUCAACAAAUGAAAGCAACUCUUUGACGCUAGAAUGUGUUGCGAAAGGAUCCCCAAAACCUGAUAUAUAUUGGAUGAUAAACGGAGCGGAUACACGAUGGGAUUCAGCCGCGAAGCAUGAAAAUGGGAAGUUAUCAAUCAAGUCAGUUGAAAAGCGACACGCUGGAAUCGUACAAUGUUUCGCAAGGAACAGUGUUGGUGAGGCAAACAGUGGGAAUAUCCUGGAAGUAAUACCAAAACAAAUUCCAGGAGAAGUUGGUAAAAAGCCGUUAGGACCUUUCCCAACGAAACCGCCUUAUGAAUCAGGAAAAACAAGUAAAGGGCGUAAGAAGCAUAAAAUGCGUAAGUACGCUAACACCAACAUGAUUCCACCAAGUCGCCCAAACGUGACGCGUCUCAACGACGAUUCAGUUAUGGUUCGAUGGUACGUUCCCAAGAACGAUGGUCUUCCAAUUCAAUUCUUCAAGGUCCAAUAUCGAAUGUUGGGCGAUCCAGAACGAAAUAUCCCGCGUGAGAACUGGCAAACAGUAACCGAUGACAUCCCUUAUGGAAAAAGAGAUCGCAGCAUGGAGGGUGUUAAGAAUUUCACCACCGCCGUGGUGGGUCUAAAACCGAAUCGUUACUAUCGAUUCCGAAUAUUGGCCGUAUACUCGAAUAAUGAUAACAAAGAAGGAAACAGUUCGGGCAAAUUCCUACUACAAGCUGCCUCACAAUUGGGGAUCACACGAAAUCAUCUACCGACCCCGAAAAUAACGAAAAUUGAAGGAAUCUCCGAGACUGAGAUCCUUCUACAUUGGACACUACCCGACAAUAAAUCGACCCCAAUUGAUGGAUUCUAUGCCUACUUCCGGCCAGCUUCCACAGCCGGGGAGUAUACGAAGGCUACAAUAGACGGGAUGGACACGCGACAGUUCAAAAUUGAUAUGCUUGAAAUAGGGACCGCAUAUGAGUUUAAGCUUCAAUCGUUUACAGCCUCAGCUGCUUCGGAUUUCAGUUCGAUCAUAACCGGGAAAACAAUGAAGCCAUCAACACCCCCACCAACAAUCACACCGACAGUGGUAGCUGCUUCAGAAUCAUCGCAGGACGAUAAUUCAAUGUUCCUAGUUAUCGCAGGCGGAGUGGUUGUGGGACUAUUGCUUUUGGUGGGCGUGGUCGUUGUUUAUUGUGUUAAGCGUCAGAAGAAUACGCAGCGAGAAGAUGAGAACAAAUCAAAUUUGGAACAUCAAAAAUCGUCACAUCCGAUGAAUGGUAUCAACCGGAUGAAUAUCACCCCAAAUCCCUUGGCCCAGGAAGGAGAUACGGUUAGUAAAAAUCGCAACGUGAUGGAGUUACGCUUCAUGCCGACAUCGAAUAAUGCUGCCACCGCCCCGGGGACACCGAUUGCUGGCCACCAUCAGAUGCAGACUGGAGGAUCUGGAGGGACUAGUGGAAGUAGCGGCAGCGGAGGAGGAAGCGGAGUCGGAUUAGUACCACCCCCAGUGCCCCCACAUCAUCACUAUCAACAACAGCAACAACCAUUCCAUCACCAGCAUCAGAUGCAUCCCAACACAGCAGCCUUGCCUCCGUCUUCGCCAAUAAUGCUUCACAAACAGCAUCACCAAGUACCUGCAGCGGGUGGAGGGAUGUCUCCUCAGAAUAACAAUCAAAUGUCUCAUCAUAUGAACCAUUUCCAAACACCAGCCCAAGGACUCGAUUCACAUAGUGGUCGACGAACGUUAGAACGAAGCGCUCGCGAUCUGCACUAUGUGCCACCCUCACCACAUCCUCACGAUAGUGUCGAUGGUGUUAUUCCAACGAGGAUUCCAUCCUUGCGACGAACUCGAAGAACCUCCGGCAGUACGACCAAUCAUAAUAGCAGUCACACUAGUCUCGGUAUACCGAGUAGUCCGCGAGUGCAGAGGUCACCAAUGCCUGUCCGGGCUGCACCGAUUAAACGCAAUCGACUCGGUAGUCAUACCGAGAAUAUGUCAUCAGGCAGCCUUAACAGUAUUGAGGUUUAGAUACUUGUGAAUAAUCCUUUUUUUUUGUUUUUUUUUUUUGGUCUGAGCUUAUGGAACCUUUUUAUUUUCGUUCGGUUAAUAUUGUGUUUCUGUUUUGAGAAUGAUCAUUCGUUUGUUAUUAUUUUUUUAUAAGAUUUUAGGAUCGAAAGGGACAUAUUGUCGCAAAACAAAUGAGAAAAAAAAACAAACAAACUCUACAGCCAAGAUGUGAUAAUUUACAAAAGAAAGAAAGGUUAAAAUAUAUAUGACUUACUGUAAUUUUUACUAUAGACGUAAGAGCGACUAAGUACACUUAAGACUUCUAAAUUAGAAUUAAUAAUAAACUUAAUUUAUAA